AUGCCUCCCAAGAAAGCUGCCGGCUCCAAGUCCUCGGGCACCGCUACCCACGCUUCCUACAGAGAUAUGAUCAAGGAUGCCAUUAUCAAUCUCAAGGAACGCAAUGGAAGCAGUCGCCAGGCUCUUAAGAAAUAUGUCCAUAACAACAACAAAAUCACCGUUACCUCCCAGAGCGCAUUUGAUGCCCAGUUCAACCGCGCCGUCAAGUCUGGUGUCGAAAAGGGCGAGUUCACUCAACCAAAGGGUCCAUCUGGUCCCCUGAAGCUCGCAAAGAAGGAAGCUACCAAGCCCGCCACUAAACCAGCUGCUAAGAAGGCCGCGAAGCCUGCUGCCGCCAAAAAGGCUGCUCCCAAGGCUGCCACCACCAAGGCUACUACCACCAAGAAAGCUGCUCCCAAGAAGACCGCUGCUGCUAAGCCAAAGGCCAACGUUGCCAAGCCACGCAAGACCACAACCGCGCCGGCAGUUGUUGAGCCAACCAAGGUCCUAGGCAAGACCAAGUCUGGACGCGUCACAAAGACUACCGCAAAGUCCACACCAAAGAAAGCUGGUGCGACGAAGAAGACGACAACGACGAAGAAGGCCACACCGAAGAAGGCAGCUGCAUGA